CCCAACCCUUGCUCUCCCAGCCUCUUCUUUCGCGCCUUCCUUCGAACCUGUCUAGUCUUUCUUACUUCCUAGCCCUCAGCCUCACGAUUUGGAUUUCUUGGGAGUAGAGGAAAGCUUGUUGUUAGAACACACAAUCUGCGUCCACCAGGCUGGGUUGCGGGCAUUUUUUUGCCCCCUUCUCCCUUGCUAGACUGGUUUGAGCACCCCGCACAUCCAUCCGGUACUUGUGGAGCCAGAGGGCUGUGGAUAAUGAAACCCGCCGUGACUAAUCCCUGCCCCGGCUAGUUAUGACUUAUGUCAGCUGCUUCGUGGCCUGUAUAGUUAGGAGCAGACCUCUUUUCCCUUGUGGAUAAUUGUGCCGUGACCUCCAUUAAUCUUUUGCUCUUCCCAGUUCAAAUGCCAGGCGUUAAAUGAGCCACUGAAAUUCAGCUCCCAUUAUCCUUUAAACCAAAGCAAGGCUGUCAUGCAGCCAUGAGUUGGUGGAGAAAGACCCAAAGUUACAGAGAGAAGAUUAUAAAUGCCAGAGCCAUUUAACUGAUGGUUAGCUGUUGAAUUCUGACACUUCCUUAAAUAUCUUCUUGCACGAACAUCUUCGCUGGGAAGGGUUCAGGAAAAGUAGCAGAGGAAAGGAGAGACAGCAUUUGCGUGUACCAUGGCUAUACCGAUAACAGUGCUUGACUGUGAUCUCUUGCUGUAUGGCCGAGGUCACCGGACAUUAGACCGCUUUAAGCUGGAUGAUGUGACAGAUGAAUACUUGAUGUCCAUGUAUGGGUUUCCUCGACAGUUCAUUUAUUACUUGGUGGAGCUCCUGGGGACAAGUCUUUCCAGACCUACUCAGAGAUCCAGGGCUAUUAGCCCAGAGACACAGAUCCUUGCAGCCCUGGGCUUCUAUACCUCAGGUUCCUUCCAGACUCGAAUGGGAGAUGCUAUUGGUAUCAGCCAGGCAUCGAUGAGUCGAUGUGUUGCCAAUGUCACCGAAGCACUUGUGGAAAGAGCCUCACAGUUCAUUCACUUUCCAGCUGAUGAGUCCUCCAUGCAGGCUCUGAAGGAUGAGUUCUAUGAGUUAGCAGGGAUGCCAGGGGUAAUAGGGGUGGUUGACUGUAUCCAUGUGGCAAUCAAGGCGCCAAAUGCUGAAGACCUCUCCUAUGUGAACCGCAAAGGUCUGCAUUCUUUAAAUUGCCUGAUGGUGUGUGACAUCAGAGGGGCUCUAAUGACUGUGGAGACAAACUGGCCGGGCAGCCUCCAGGACUAUGCUGUGCUGCAGCAGUCUUCUCUCAGCAGUCAGUUUGAAGCUGGAAUGCACAAAGAUAGCUGGCUGCUUGGUGACAGUUCCUUCUUUCUCCGCACCUGGCUCAUGACCCCACUGCACAUUCCUGAAACUCCAGCCGAAUAUCGCUAUAAUAUGGCCCAUUCUGCAACUCACAGCGUGAUUGAGAAGACCUUCCGAACCCUCUGCUCCCGAUUCCGCUGCCUGGAUGGAUCCAAGGGGGCUCUGCAGUACUCACCGGAGAAGUCCAGCCACAUCAUCUUGGCCUGUUGUGUCCUCCAUAACAUCUCCUUGGAGCAUGGGAUGGAUGUUUGGUCCUCUCCAGUGACAGGACCCAUGGAACAGCCCCCUGAGGAAGAAUAUGAGCACAUGGAGUCCCUGGACCUAGAGGCUGACCGCAUCCGUCAGGAGCUGAUGCUCACUCAUUUUAGCUAAUGUGAAGGAGCGGGAGGGAAACUUUCAGAAGUUUCAGAAGGAGUCGUGACAAACUUUCCCCCUCACCACCCCCCACACAGUUCCACCAUCUAGCAUGACUUGUCACAAACUGACAUUUAAUCUGGGUAUUUUAGAAGGGUUGAGACCAUGCCAGAAUAUCUUGAUUCAUUUGCAGAAUAUCUUGAUUCAUUUGCAAAUUUAUUAACUAAACCAAAACCAAGACAAGAAUUCCUUACUAUCUGUUGGACUGCAGGUUGAGCACCACUCAUUUGAAAGCUCACUGGUUGCAGACAUUUAUGGUUGUCCUACGAAAUCAAAGCAAAGGGGGAAAUGGCAUCUAGUCAGAAGACUUCUUUUGGUUUCAAUUAUCUAGAGAUUUCAAAUGAAAAUUAUAUUGUUUGUCCUGAAUUAUUUGGAUAGUAUUUUAGCUUUUCUACUGUGCUGCCUAUAUAGGCAUAAUCUGAGGCAAGUGUAAAAAAAUUAAAGUUGGGGAAUGGUCUUCUGACAAGUAAAUGGCUACUAAUAUGAG